AUGAUCUUCAAACCGUACCUAUUCGCGCUGCUGGGCGCAUCCACGUUGGUCGCAGAAGCCGCACCAAUAACCGUAGGGGGUGCUGCUCAGUUGUGCUCAGUUGCACCCUGCCGGAUGCGACGAGUGAGACGUACACCCGAGAUCAUGCGCAACUGGAAACGACAAGAUGAUGACGGCGACGGAGAGAGCACACCCCCGCCACCCAGCACACCAGAUGUUGGUGUCGUUCCCGUCACAUCAACAUCGACGAUCCCAGUUAGCCAGGAGCUUCCCCCAGGCCCCGUUGGAGGAAGUACCACACCUGCAACUGGUACCAACACGACAACCACUCCGCCGGCGACAUCGUCCACGGCAGUUGGCACUGUUCCAGCUGCACCAGCGAUUCCCUCUACUGGCACGAUCAAUCCUCUGACCGGUCAGACACCUCCAUUCUCACCAUUUGGCCAGCCGACCACGGGAUUCAACCCCUUCGGUCAGCCACCAACGACUGAAUUUACACCGUUCGGUCAGCCACCUGUCGGUGCAGUUCCACCAUUUGGUCAACCACCGUUUGGUCAACCGCCUAUUGGGGCGGUCCCACCAUUUGGUGUUCCUCCUACCGGGUUCGAACAGACUGGCCAAUUUGGUAGCAAUCCGUUUGCCAACGGUCUGCCACCUACGACUGGGUUUGGAACAGAGUUUGGUGCAAAUGGACAAUUUGGGUCGACUGGACAAUUAGGAUUAACUGGGCAGCUUGGAUCUACAGGACAAUUUGGAUCGACGGAACAGCCUGGAUCAACUGGCCAACUGGGAUCGACUGGAUCUACUGGUCAAUUUGGUUCCACUGGACAACCCGAGACAUGUGGUCCAACUGGAUGCACUCCAACUUCGGCAACGAAUACACAGUGCGGCGCAUCUGGAUGUGGAACAUUUGGCCGUGAUCACGAAUUCGGCAUGCCACCAAGCUUUAGCCCGUUCCCGAGCUACAUGCAAAACUAUGCGAUGUACUACCUGCCGCAUAUGAUGUACUCGGUGGACGCGUCGAUGAGCUACGUGGGACAAUUGCUUGGAGCAGCGAUGCAGUCUCUGCAGUCGGCUUUGAUGCACGUGCAGCAGAAUAUGGCGGCGUACGGGGCUAUGAUGACGCCGCAGCUGCACUCGAGCUUGGGCCAUAACAUGCAGUUUGAGGGCCAGCAAGUCGGCGGGAGCCAUUUCUCGAGCAGUCAGGAGCCGUUCCCAUCUAAUGGACAAUUCUCAAAUGGACAGUUCGGGUCACCGAACACUCAGUUCUCUUCGACUGGCAAUUUUGGGUCUUUGAACGACCAGUUCUCGUCUUCAUCGAAUAACAAUCUGGGUGGUGCCAGUACUGCUUCAGUUCACAACAAUGGACAGAGCAAGACCCAGCCCUCUCGUAAAGCAGGUAUCGCUGAAGUGACGCCUGAGGUCAACACGGGAGCUGCUGCAUUCCAGACUCAGAACGCUAGGGAUGCCCAAGGGCUCAAUCAAAAGUUCAAAUCUAUCACAGUCGGCUCGCCAUGCACUGUAGGCGAGAAUGCAUGCACCUCUGACGGACAAUUUGCCCAGUGUCCAUUCGGGACGUUCAUCGCUACUCCUUGCGCCGCAGGGACGCAAUGUCUUGCGCUUCCACUUGUUCUUAAGCCGGGAACAAGCAUAGCGUGCUCGACGCUCGAGGAUGCAAACCGCCGUAUGGCCGAUGCCGGCGCUUCUGGUGGAUUCGAUGGUCAACAAGGAUCUGGUUCUGUUGCAUCCAACACCGGUAGUACUUUACAGAACCCACAGGGGCCCUCUUCUACAGCCUCUACUUCCGCUGUUUCAGGCGAAAACAAUGCUGGUGGCUUCCAAGCGCAGAACGCUCGAGAUGCCCAAGGCCUCAACGAACGCUUCAAGUCGAUUACGGUUGGCUCGCCAUGUACUAUAGGCGAGAAUGCCUGCACGUCUGAUGGACAAUUUGCCCAAUGUCCAUUUGGAACUUUUAUCGCUACACCUUGCUCUGGAGGAACCAAAUGUUUUGCGCUGCCACUCGUCUUCAAACCGGGAACGAGCGUAACUUGCUCAACGCUUGAGGAUGCAAAUCGUCGUAUGGCAGAUGCUGGUGUUUCUGGCGGAUUCGAUGGACGCCAAUGA